AGAGUUCAUGUGGGAAAGGGUAUGAGAUUCUGGCGCUUAGCAUGGGGCCGAGGUUGGAGAACCUCCCAGGGGCCCUCCACGGAGAAGGGCAUCCUGGAAAAUUCCCCCAGGGGCAGUUUCUCAGAUACAAUGAUGACACUGAAGGUUCAGAUCCUGUGUGGCUUCCUUUGCUGCAUGAUUUUUCUGCCGACAGAUGGCUUCCCAGCAGACACCAGUACUGAAUUUCGCUCUGCUUUCUCUGUGGCCAGAACUAGCAGCAUGGAAGGGAGCUCUGAGAUGGUCAUUACCUUUGACAAAGUGUAUGUGAACAUUGGCAAUGACUUUGAUCCCAAGACUGGAUUGUUCCGCUGUCGGAUCCCUGGAGCCUACUACUUCUCCUUCACUGUUGGGAAAUACCCAAAGAAAAACUUGUCUGUCAUGCUGAUGAGAAACAAGAAUGAGGUGCAAGUGAUUGUGUAUGAUGAACAUCACCGCAAGGAACGGAAGGUAGCCAGCCAGAGUGCCAUGCUACAGCUUGACUACGGUGACACGGUUUGGCUGCGUUUACAUGGAGACCCCAAGUAUGCUCUUUACAGCAAUGUGGGCCCCUAUACAACUUUCAAUGGCUACCUAAUCUACCCAGACACUUCUGCCUUCUUCCAGAACGCUCUUAGCUCUCAAGAGCUGGGGCCACACCAUCGCACUAUUGAGCAACUUCCCAGAGAGCAGAAUGAAGCUUCACAGCCACACGUGUUAUCUGAUCAACCAAAUAGAGAACAAGACCCUCGAUCUGCAUUUUCUGUUGCCCGCUCACAAAGUCUCCUGGGGACAGAUGACAAGCAAAUCCAGCAUGAGCCAAUCACAUUUGACACGGAGUUUGUGAACAUUGGAAAAGAUUUCAAUUCCUCCACUGGCAUCUUCUCAUGCCGUAUACCUGGUGCAUACUAUUUCUCCUUCACCAUUGGCAAAAUGCCCUUUAAGACUAUGUCAGUGAAACUUAUGAAGAACCACAAUGAGGUGCAGGCCAUGAUCUAUGAUGACAACCACUCCAAGAGGCGGGAGAUGCAGAGCCAGAGUAUCAUGCUGCCUCUGCAGUAUGGGGACACUGUUUGGCUCUACAGCCAUCAGCACGAUGGCUAUGGUGCCUACAGCAACCAUGGCAAGUACAUCACCUUCACGGGCUUCCUGGUCUAUUCAGAGGCUCAGCCAAAGUGGCUUCCAGGUGCCAGCUCACCCCAAGGGUCAAAAAAUUAA